CAGCUAGGAACUUACAAUGUCUGGGCGCGGCAAACAGGGUGGCAAGGCUCGCGCCAAGGCCAAGACCCGCUCCUCCCGGGCCGGCCUGCAGUUCCCCGUGGGCCGCGUGCACCGGCUGCUCCGCAAGGGCAACUACUCGGAGCGCGUGGGCGCCGGCGCCCCGGUGUACCUGGCGGCCGUGCUGGAGUACCUGACGGCCGAGAUCCUGGAGCUGGCGGGCAACGCGGCCCGCGACAACAAGAAGACGCGCAUCAUCCCGCGCCACCUGCAGCUGGCCAUCCGCAACGACGAGGAGCUCAACAAGCUGCUGGGCCGCGUGACCAUCGCGCAGGGCGGCGUCCUGCCCAACAUCCAGGCCGUGCUGCUGCCCAAGAAGACCGAGAGCCACCAUAAGCCCAAAGGAAAGUAAGCCAGUGAGCUAAGUUUUUUUUUUUUUUUUUAAA